AUGGCCAAAGCCAAAGCUCCCAAGGACGGGAAGAACUCCAAAAGCCAUAUCAAAGCUCGACUGGAAUUUCUACAGCGUGCUGCAGAAUUCCUCCAGAGUGUAUCGAUAUCUCCCGACCAAGCUGGAGUAGCUACCACCAGUAACGCAGCCAUCGACGAUCACAGCGUCCAUGAGCCAUUGACAUCUCAAGGCGCCUCCGAUAUCUAUUUCCAGGGACAGCGCACGUUCAAGAACACUCUAUCCAACCUGUCCAGAGUGUCCAUAUCUCAUAUGCGCGGGGUAUCUCUGAAGACACAAACUCGGUUACCAGUCCCGGUAAAGCGAUCCCACUGCAAGCGCUGCGAUACCCUUCUGCUCCCAGGAGUCAAUUGCACGCAUGUGGUCACCAAUGCCAGCCGUGGACGCAAAAAGCCGUGGGCCGACGUGCUAGUCGUGCACUGUCUCGUUUGCAGUACUGAAAAGCGGUUUCCCCAAACAGACCGGAAAAGCAUGAAGCUCAAGCAACGAAAGACAAAGGCCUCAGCUUCAGCUUUAGCGACAGGGUCAGGACCGGGAUCAGGUUGA